GAACGUUACCCAUACGUAGAGGCGCCCGACCCGUCCGACUCUUCUUCAUGUUUGCGUCGUAUAUAAACAACAUGGACGUUCAAACGACAAAUACCAGACGGAAAAUAUUAAAUCACGUAGUUUGUAGUAUUUUAGUGGAAUGCGGUUACGACACUUGCGAGAAGCAAGCGUUGGAAACACUGACAGAAAUGAUACAAUCUUUUAUCGUGGAAGUCGGAGAGUCCGCAAGGAAUUACUGUGAACUGUCUGGUAGAACAGAGCCGCUCAUUGCCGACGUUAUCGUGGCACUGAUAAACAUGGGGAUAAAAGUGGACAACAUGGAAAAUUAUGGCAAGAGAACAAACAGGACAGUGUUACCUCCCCUUCAGCAACAGACUCAAGCAAAGCAGUUGAACAUCCUACAGGCCGGAGUGAAACACAGUCAUCCGUCGCAUAUACCGAGUUACUUGCCACCUUUCCCCGACCCCCACGCGUACAUCAGAACGCCGACGCACAAACAGCCGGUAACCGAGUAUGAGGCGAUAAGAGAGAAAGCAGCUACACAGAAGCGUGAUAUUGAAAGAGCACUGACGAGGUUCAUCGCGAAAACCGGGGAAACGCACAGUUUGUUUUUAACAGAAGACAAUAGCAUGUUUCCGUUGAUUGCGUGUAAGCCACAAUUUCCUAGUUACCUUUCCGCGCUUCUUCCGCAAGAUCAAAUAUUCGAGGCCGACCAAGAUUUCCAUUUCGAGCCGAGCCCGGUCAAGAAUAAGAAGAAGGAGCAAGAGAUCGAAGAACCAGAGGAGAGAAGUAUGAAAGGACAGAACGAAGACGGUGAACAAAACGGAGAGACGGCUGCGCAGCAAGACGCUAUAGACAAUCCUUACUUGAGGCCAGGGAAGAUACCAAAGAACAAAAUACCAGGAGUCGUGCAUUCCCCGGGCAUUCAUCCGAUAUGAAAAGGGCGACUCGAUCGAGUGAUGCUCUCGCCAAUUUUAUUACGCCGUAAGUUGUACAUAAUUCUGUCUUCACACACGAAGCACUCUUUUAUAUUUGUAUUAUAUAAAUAAAAAUCGAUCUUUAUUACGGUAA